ACUGAGGUCGAUCGAUCGAAUAGCCAAACAAAAAUGUCUGAUCAGGUUCACCAGGAUGAAGAAAUUUACCAGAAGGCUUCGAUACAGGCACUCUCAAAAGGUCCUUCCUCUCUGCAAAGCCAUAGUAAUGGUCCAUGGAGAGAAUUAUCUGAGGGGGCUGAUUGUAUGCUAGGGCUACCAAAAGAGCUGAGCUGGGAAAUGGUGGACGAGCUGACACAGGGAUUCAGGACUAGAAUUCCGGCCUAUGAGAAUGGCGAUUACUUGGCGUACGAGGGAUUGCGACCUGUUAAUGGCACCAAGGUGACGGUAAAGAGAUACACCGGAGAGUGGCGUACUAUGCUUGAAAGAGAAAAGAAAGCAGCCGUGUCUAUGCACCACAAAAAUAUACUUCGGCUGACUGCUUUCUACGAUGGUGAAGUGACUGCUGUCCUGGUAUUUCCGUUAACAAUAAGAGGGACUUUACACACAAAUCUCUACGGAUCAAUGGGGAACUUAAAAUUGAAAUUUCAACAAAAAUUGAAGAUAGCAAUAGACAUUGCUCGAGGACUUCGAUAUAUGCAUGAAGAAUGUCCCCAGGGUCCCGUAAUCCAUGGCAAUUUGCUCAUCACCAACAUUUUUCUGAGAAAUGAUUUAAGCCCGAUGAUCUCUGGUUUUGGACGAGCCAAAUGGCUUCAUCUUAAGCAAGCAAAGCCAAUAUCCAACGAAAACCAAAGGCCCUCACUUCGGGAUUAUUUGGACCACGACGCGAUCGCCCUAGUGAAAUCUGACGUUCUCUCCUAUGGAGUCUUGCUGCUGAGGCUCUUCUGCAAAAGUUCUGCGCUACAGGACGACAAAACUCUAAUCGAAUGGGCUCGUCCAAAGGUGAUGAAAAGAGCGUUUCAUGAAUUAUUGGAUGAAGAUUGGGAAGACGCAGACAUGCAUGAAAUGUUUAAAGUCAUGUGCAGCGCCUUUCAGUGCACAAUGUCUAGUCCAGAUAUGAGACCAUGCAUGAGCGCGGUUAUAUCUUAUCUCAAAGGGGAGAAUCUGAUGGUGAUGCAAACAUCUCCAUCAUUUGAUUAGCAUUCCAUUAAACUAAGAGAGGAAGCUAGCAGCAGAUUGGUAUCAAGCUGUGUAGAACUACACAGUACUGGUAUUGCAAGUUGCAAAUGAGUACAUGAGGUUAUUAUAAUCUUUUGUAUAAUAUGUAUGAACUGCGCAUGCAUGCUGCCCUCGCCCCUUUCAUGCAUACAGAUAUGUACAUAGACCUAGAUGGCUAGCUAGAUGAUUGAUCCAUUGAAAUAAAAAUUUGCUCAUAAUAAAUAUUUGGGUUCCCGGUGUCAACCAGAUUGAUAAUCAUCACGAAGUAGAA